GUUAAAAGGGUGAAUUUAUUGGUCACAUGAUCAAAAUAUGGCGGCGCCCUUAGGUUCGACACUGACAAAAAUUGGAACACGGUUUUGUUGUCGGUUUCUUGAUUUUAGGACACUAAACAGUGUAAAAGUUACUCAGAUCGGAACUAAUUUACACAAUUAUGCAUUCAAGAACUAUUUUCGUGAAAACAUCAGGCAAAGAAAAGUUAUUUUUGGAAGAUAUUUGUGUACUUUACACAGAGACAGAAAGUGUUGGAAAUGUGGAACCCCAACCGAUGAAGAAAAAGAGCUUUUCUUUUGUAAUUGUGGUGUAGUACAGAGUGUUCCGUCAGAUCUUACAUAUUUUAAAGUUAUGAACUGUGAAGAGAAAUUUGAUAUAGACAUUAAAAGUCUUGCUUCUUUGUACAAAAAUUUACAAAGCCGACUUCAUCCAGACAAAUUUGGUCAAUGUUCAAAAGAGGAGCAAGCAUUAGCAGAAUAUCAGUCUGCUUUUGUCAACAAGGCGUAUAAUACACUUCUGAAACCCCUUUCAAGAGGACAGUACUUACUGGAGAUACAUGGUGACCCAAUAGAAGAAGCUAACAGUGCUGUAGAUCCGAAUUUCCUAAUGGAGGUAAUGGAGAUUAAUGAAGACAUUUCAGAAGCUGUAGGAAAUGAUAAAGCUUUAAACCAGCUUGAUGAUAUAAACAAUGCAAGAAUGGAAAAAUGUAUUGAAAAUGUGUCAAGUGCCUUUGCUGCCAAUGAUAUUCCUAAAGCAAAAGAAUUUUUGAUUAAAUUAAAAUAUUUUUCUAACAUUGACGGAAAAAUUAAAGAAAUAUACAGAAGAAAUAUGGAUCAAUAAAUCUGAAUCUCUGCUUGGUACAUGAAUAUCUAGAUCUUACUCUUUUCCAAGCAUACAAAAUUUUGUUUAGUGCAUUUGUUAAUUAAUUAUUCAACUAAUUAUCAAAUUUUGUUUCCUAAAUCCAUUAUACAUGUAUAUUAAUGUGGCUUGUAACUUUUAAAUUAAAUACUCUCCUAUCUUCAUUGAAAUUGAAAAAGAGACUUUUAUUUAAAACAGGUAAACAGUUAGCAAGUACAUAUGUGUGCAUUGUAUAUUUAUUAGAAUUAAUAAAGUGUUACUAUGAUAAUCAAGACUCUGUCACAAAAACAUUAUUUUACUUUCCAGUCAUCUUUAAGUGUCAAUUAUAUGAAAUUUCACAAUUAACCAUCAUUGUCAGAUGGACUUUCUCCAGCUUCCAUUUAUGAAACAGUCCAUAUUUAUCAUGACAAUUUGAACAGAUGUGUAGGAUGGCAAUAGGCUUAUCAUUUUCCAUUCUAGCUACUAGAAUAGUAGCAUAAUUUCUUUCUUUAGUCAACAGUAUUAUUUUACCUAGUAUACUGCAGUUACUUGUAUUUGAAACUGCUUUAGAAAUUAUAAGAAGCAUUUUUUCAUUCUCAGUCAUUGCUACAGUGAUUGCUAUAUUUAAAACUAAUAAUAUUAUACUGAAAAUAUUAGAGAGAAACCAAGUCAUACAGGAUUGAAUUUUGUUAUGUAGAGGAACAUUGUGUAUCAUGUUUGUACAAAUUAUACUACUGAGUCAAAACUGACCAAAUUCAGCACUGAAUAGUGUAAACCUUUAAGAAAAUAAUUUUGUUAAGAACCCACUUCACAUCAUUUUGGUAUGUACAUGUAGCAUAAUGUAAUAGUUCUAUACAAAUAAUUUCAAAUUUUUGCCAUGCAGUCAAUAAAUGGCCACACUCUGGGUUCAAAAGUUUAAUUCUUUCAUUUGUCCAUCAGACACUUCAGGCCAAGACACUACAUUUCUAUACAAGUAAAAUGUUGAUACAAUGCAGCAUUGUCCUCUAACUAGUUUGUUUAUCCCCUUCCACGUAGCCAAGAAUAGCCAAAGGGGGAUUAUAAGAAUGGCCUCCGUCUGUCAGACUGCCGCUCUCACGGGACAUAAUGUGGCUAGAGGAACAAUAGGUAACUGAUGUAAUUCAUUCCAAUAAUGCUUUUAUGUGGCUCUUUUCUUUUGUGUGGCUAAAAAGAACAAUAGAGAAAACAAUAGAGUAGCCACAUCAUUACUGUCACGUUAGAACGUCCGUCCGUCUGUCCGUACGUAACACUUUCGUGUCCGCUCCAUAACUUUUACACCGCUGAAAAGUUUUUGAAAUAACUUGGCACAAGUGAUCACCAUAAUGAGGCGAUGUGCAGAGCACAAGAAUUGGGUUGCUACCCCCAAGGUCAAGGUCACACUUAAAGGUCAAAUGUUAAAAAGUCUUCAUUUCAUAAUAAAAUGUCUACAUUUCGUGUCCACUCCAUAAAUUUUUUAACCGCUGAACAUUUUUUAAAUAACUUGGCACAAGUGAUCACCAUAAUGAGAUGAUGUGCAUAGGGCAAGAAUUGGGUUGCUACCCCCAAGGUCAAGGUCAAACUAAAAGGUCAAACAUUAAAAGUCUUCAUUUCAUAAUAAAAUCUCUACAUUUCGUGUCCACUUAAUAACUUUAAUUGCUGAACAUUUUUGGAAAUAUUUUGGCACUUGGAUCACCAUAUAGAGACGACAUGCAGAGCACAAGAAAUAGGUUGCUAUCCAAAAGGUCAAGGUCACACUUUAAGGUCAGAUGUGAAAAAGUCUACAUUUCGUGUCCGCUCCAGAACUUUUUAACCACUGAAAUUUUUAAAAAAUAACUUGGCACAAUUGAUCACCAUCAUACAAACAUGUGCAGAGCGCAAUAAUUGCGUUGCUUCCCCCAAGGUCAAGGUCACACUAAAAGGUCAAAUGUAUAAAAGUCUAUAUUUCAUGUUCCCUCCAUAACUUUUAAAUACCCCCAGGGUCAAGGUUAUAUGUUCUCUAUAACUUUUUAACUUUAUGGAAGAUUUUAGAAUAAUCACCAUUGUGAGACUAUGUGCUUAUGAUAUGCAGGGUACAACAUCAAGGUCAUGGUUGGUAAAAGGUCAAGAAGUACACAUUCAUGUUCACUGCGGAAGGGGAUUUAGCUGUCCUUCAGACUGCCUUGUUAAAAUAAUUUUAUUUGAGUCAAAGUUGACCCCAAUUGUUUUAUUACCUGACAAUGAAUAAAGACUGGAACUUGGAAAGAGGGCAGCUACUGUGUCUUGAUGACUGAUUUUGUAUCUUAUUGGACUCAUCAGAUUUAUCUUUUUUAUUUCCCCCUGAAAGAAAAGGUGGCUAGUCUCUGUCAGUCUGUCCUUGACCAGCCAUAAAUUCUUCCCAUAUUUUUGUGUGAAGUAUUGUGUAUUUGAGAUAUGACCAUGGAUUCAUAGAUCUUAUUCUAAAGGAGUGCAGUGCACAAGAAAAAUAACUCUUAAUAAUAAAAUCUUUUAUAAUUUUUUGAGUUAUUGCCAUUUGUUAUUUCUCAUGCUUAAUUUUUGUGCAUGCAUAACUAGAAAAUUGUUUGAGAUAUCAACUUAAAACUUUAUAGGUGGAUAUAUCUCAUUGUUCAAAUUGUUGGGAAAUGCACAGUACAAGAACAAUAACUCUACCAUUAAUUUCAUAAUUUUCGUGUAAUUGCCUUUUGUAAUUUUUCAUGAUACUGUUUUGUUCAGACAAUUCCUCAAAACAGUAUUUGAGAUAUCAACAUGAAACUUCAUUGGUGGAUAGAUUUCAAUGUGGAGAAUGCAGUACAUAAGACGGGUUACUCUACCCUUCUUGUUCAUAAUUUUAGCUCCACUUUUUGAAGUUAAAUUGUGGAGCUAUUGUCAUGACCCUUUGGUUGGCCUUGGCAACCUUGUUGAUUACCUUUUUUUUAAGGUCCAUUUUCUCAGACACUAUAAAAGGUUUUUUAUUGUCAUGAAAUGACAUCAUUUCAAAAGGGCAGAUAAGCUUAAAAUUGUCCUUUGCAAAGUUGUUUCGAUUUUUCAACUUAGAUUUUCAGCCCAGGUUAACCUUUUUGUCUAUUUUCUCAGAGACUAUUAAAAGAUUUUCACCUCAAACUUGAAAUACAUGACUGUUCCCUCUCAAAAUAUAAAACCAUUUCAGAAGGGCAGAUAAUCCUAAAUUCAUUUUUGCAAAGUAAUACCCCUUUAGUCGUUUUUGAAUUUGAAUUUCUUGGUCAACUUUUUGUUAAGGUACAUUUUUACAUCAAAGGUACUCACUUUAAACUUAGAGAACCAGUUCACUAUCAAAUUUGAAAUGAAUUUGUAGGGGUAGAUAGUCCUGAAAGUCUCUUUUUUUAUUAUUCCCCCUUGUUUGACUUAAAAUAUUUGUCUUUUUCUCAAAAACUGUUGAAGGUAUUCACUUCAAUGUUGACUGUUAUGGGCAGGUAAAUCUGAUAAGUAUGUUUUCAGAGUUAUGCCACCGCUAUGUUGCUUUUAUUUUACUAUCCAGCACUGAGAAAAAGUGGAACGCCCUGUCUAGGGACAAGUCUUGUUUUAACUAUAGCCCUUUAACUCAAAAUAUGUGUGAGAUAUCAUUGAGGAAUACAAAAGAUAACUCUACACUUCAUAAUUUGAGAGUUAUUGCUCACAAAGCAGGACUUAUUUAAAAAUAGGUUUUUCAUCAUUUUGGAAUGAACAUAAGUUAUAUCAUAGAUGUCUUCCCUUGUUUUCUGUGUAAUAUAACCAUCAUGUAUUUCUUUAUUUUACACACAUGUAAUAUAACUUUGUCCAAAUAAAAUUGAAAACAGAU